UUCUUAUUCCAAUACAUGUUAAUAUUCCGCCAUCUAAUAGUGAUUGUCUCAGAUCAAUACUAUACUACAGCACGAACAUCAAUAUUUUAUCGUCUUCUGUCAAUAACGAGGCGUCGAAACGAAGUAAUCCAGCGAUAGCUGGUCACCCAUCACCAUGAAGCUCUCGAACGCAUUACACCUCCCCGCGCUCCUGGCAGCGACAUUGCUAUCUCCCAUACAGCCUAUACAACCUGUGACAGCAGAGCAUACUAGCAAUUGGGCUGUCUUAGUAGGCACUUCCAGAUUUUGGUUCAACUACCGUCAUCUUGCCAAUGUCUUAUCCAUGUACCGAACCGUCAAGCGAUUAGGAAUACCCGAUUCGCAAAUCAUCCUGAUGCUUCCCGAUGACAUGGCCUGCAAUCCUCGAAAUGCAUUUCCGGGUACCGUGUAUAGUAACGCAGACCGCGCCGUCGACCUGUACGGAGACAACAUCGAAGUCGACUACCGAGGGUACGAGGUUACAGUCGAGAACUUCAUCAGGUUAUUGACGGAUCGUGUCGGGGACGAGAUGCCGAGGAGCAAGCGGUUGCUAACAGACGACCGGAGCAACAUAUUCGUGUACAUGACAGGUCACGGAGGAAACGAGUUCCUAAAAUUUCAGGACGCGGAGGAAAUCGGUGCUUUUGAUUUGGCGGAUGCGUUUGAGCAGAUGUGGGAAAAGAGAAGGUACCACGAGAUUCUAUUUAUGAUCGACACAUGCCAAGCGAACACAAUGUACAGCAAGCUUUACUCCCCCAACAUAAUCGCGACAGGUUCCUCGGAGUUGGACCAAUCCUCGUAUUCCCAUCACGCCGAUAACGACGUCGGGGUGGCUGUCAUCGAUCGGUACACGUACUAUAACCUCGAGUUUUUAGAGUCGGAAGUUAAAGAUCUAGGCAGUAAAAAGACAGUCGGCGACUUAUUCGACAGUUACAACUACGAGAAGAUACAUUCAAAUGCCGGUGUCCGGUACGACUUAUUCCGAGGUGGCGCGGAAGCGGCGCGGAGUCGGCUGUUGACCGAUUUCUUCGGAAACAUACAGAAUGUGGAGGUAGACGGCGCUAGGAACAACACGAUAGAUGAGGACGUAUUAGCUCUCAGCAGAACGAUAGCAAAGCUGCGAGAGUUAGCCGAUCAAGAGGAAGAAGCAACUGCUUCGAACAAGAGCGAUGCUAAAGAGUCGACGAAAGCUAACUCUCGACAAUCAAAGAGAAUUCAGAUGGCCAAACCGUUGACGGACGAGAACUGGUACACGAAGAAACUUGUAGGUGCGACAGCAUUAGCUAGUUGCGCCGCUUUAUGGGCUCUCGGGUCCUAUUUGGAGACACCAAAGAAUUAGAGUAGAAAUUUGAUUCGUGUUAAUAAUAGAGGAAAAUACC